AUGGCACUUUUGAUGUGCGAGAUUUUGGCUUUUCUGGAGGCCUGGCAAAGAGCGUGUGGUGCCGUUGGAGAAACACAAACCUUAAACAUCCCAAAGUGGAGAAAAUACAAGGUGAAACCAGUGCGAUUCGAUGGUCCUUGUAAGUCGGAUAACAUUGUAAUUCAGGUUGAUGGAAGCAUUGAGUCUCCUUCGACGAUUGGUGAGUGGACGGGAUGCGAAUCGGGAAGCUGGCUAGAGUUCCAAAAUGUGAAGGGUCUCACCAUCAAGGGAGCAGGAGUUAUAGAUGGCAAGGGUUCAAUUUGGUGGAGUCACAAACCUCGAAUAACUAGCUACACAACUGGGACUAAUUGUACGGCAGCACCCACGGCUCUACGAUGGCGCUACUGCGACCAACUUGCCUUAAGUGGAUUCACUUCUCUCAACAGCCCAAAUAAGCAUAUCCUGAUACAUGGUUCCAAUGGUGUAGAUAUAUCAAGCGUUCAUGUCAAUGCACCUCAACAUAGCCCCAACACUGAUGGAAUUGUUCUUUCUGGGUCAACUCGAGUAAAUAUAUUCGACUCUGUCUUUAAAACUGGUGAUGACUGCAUUGCACUUAAGAGCGGCUGCUCUGUUGUAAACAUAACUCGUGUAGCAUGUGGACCAGGUCAUGUGGGUGGCACGUACUCUGGCAACGGAGAAAUAAAGGUGAGCGACAUAACAUUCAGGGGUUUCCAAGGAACUUCAGCUUCCGACGCAGCAAUAAGACUCGAAUGCUCUAACCUGUGGUGCACCAACAUUGUAAUGGAUCAUGUCAACAUAUCUUCAAUGAUUCCUGGAAAGCCAACCUAUUCUUACUGCGAGAAUGUCAAGGGAAGAUCAAGGUUUACUACACCUGCUGUUCCUUGCCUGGAAAAGCAGUGA